AUGGGAAACAAACCUGCAACCCAAAAGUCACCAACAACAUCAGGCAUACAAAGAAAAUAUUUGAACGAGCAAAAUGUUUUGACAUAUUCCAAAGAUAAGAUUGUUCAAAAUUUUAUUCUCAUUUGGUUAGAUUCGACCAUUGGUGAUUCGGGAAAAGACUUCCAGUAUACUAUUUCUCAACUACGAAAAAUCGUUAAUUCAAUUACACUAUUUAUUGACUCGGACGCAUGUUGUAAAUUCAUUGAAAAGACAAGAGAUGAACAAAUAUUUCUUAUUGUAUCUGGAAAACUCGGAAAAACAUUAGUACCUCUUGUUCAUAAAUAUGUUCGACUCGAUACCAUUUAUAUAUUUUGCGGCCAACCAUUACAUCACAGAUGGACAGAAAACUGGAAAAAGAUACAACUUGUUUCCGAUCAAAUUGAACGCAUUUGUCAAUCGCUUGUAAAAGAUACCUCGCAAUGUGAACAAGAUUUAACUCCAACUAGUAUUCUAUCGUCGAAUGAUUCAUCGAAUCAAAAUUUAGCACAAGUCAAUUCAUCAUUUAUGUAUUCACAACUGAUAAAAGAAAUUUUACUCGAAAUGACCUAUGAUGAGCGAGCAAUAGAGGUGCUUGUUGAUUUUUGUCGAAAUCGUUUCCAGGAUAAUCAACAUGAAUUAAAAAUAAUUGAGGAAUUCCAAAAAGAUUAUCGCAAGUAUUCACCCAUAUGGUGGUAUACUCGUGAAUGUUUUACUUAUAAGAUGCUUAAUCGUGGUUUGAGAACUUUCAACAUAAACAUUAUUUCUGUGAUGGGCUUCUUUAUGAAAGAUAUUCAUCAACAAAUUAAAGAAAUACAUUCGAAAAGAUCCAAUCGAAUGGGGCCAUUUAUCGUUUAUCGAGGUCAAGGAAUGCUGAAUGACGAAUUUAUUGGAAUACGUAAUAAUAUCGGUGGUCUACUUUCAUUCAAUAGUUUUCUUUCUACGAGCGACGAUUUAAAAGUGGCAAUGGAAUUUGCACAAAGAUCUGUUGGUCGACCUGGCAAAACUUCUGUUCUAUUUGAAAUAGAAGUUGAUCCGACUUUAACAUCAACUCCAUUUGCGUCGUUGAAUAAUGUUACUUCUUCUAAAGAGAAAGAAAAAGAGACUCUUUUCUCGAUGCACACCGUUUUUCAAAUCGUUCAAGUCAAAGAGGACAAUAAUCAGAUAUGGAAAAUCAUAUUGAAAUUGGUGAGCAAUAACAAUUUACAAAUUACACAAUUAACUGAACAAAUAAGACGGGAAAUUGGUGAAGGAAGUGCGAUCGAUCGAUUAGGUCGAUUAAUGAUUGCAUUAGGCGAACUCGAAAAAGCCGAAGCAAUCUAUGAACUAUUAUGUGAAUUAACAUCUGAAAAUGAUAAAAAAACCGUUGCUUGGAUACGUAAUCAAUCGGGAUACAUUAAAUAUAAGCAAGAACAGUAUUCGGAAGCUCAAGCAUUCUAUAAAGAUGCACGUGAAAUUCAAGAAAAAAUGCGUCCUUCAACUGAUAUUGAUCUAGCAGUUACUUAUAGUAAUAUGGGUCUGCUGUAUACAAACUUAAACGACACUUCUAACGCAUUGUUAUAUCAUCAAAAAGCUCUUGAAAUACGAGAAAAAAAUCUCAAGGUAAACCAUCAAGAUCUAGCUACUACUUAUAACAAUAUUGGACUUGUAUAUUAUCAAAGACAAGAAUUUUCAACUGCUUUGUCAUAUUAUGAAAAGACACUUAAAAUCUAUCAGCAAAUUCUUCCAGCCAACCACUCUUGGUUGGCUACAACUUACAAAAAUAUUGGCCUUGCUCAAAUAUCGAAGGGAGAACACACGACUGGACUCGAUAAUCUUUGCAAAGCAAUGGAUAUACGAAAAAUGGUACUUCCGCCUAAUCAUCCAUCGAUAGCAUCUAUAUGCAGUACCAUCGGUGAAGUAUAUCGAGAAACAAAAGAAUAUCCGACUGCACUCAAAUUCUAUGAAGAAGCAUUAGUUAUUGAAAAAAAUGCUCCUCAAAUUAAUUAUUCAAGUUUAGCUAUGACUUAUUAUAAAAUAUCUAGAAUAUUAAGUGAGCUCAAAAGACAUGAUAGUGCUGCGAAAUAUGCUGAACUUGCUGUUCAAUCGGCUAGCAAGUCUUCAACACCAAGUGAUAACGAUAAAAAAAUAUAUAAAGACAACUUCGAACGACUUCAAACAAAAUUAUCAUGA